AUUAAACAUGCGAAAACAGCCUCUGAAAUUAUUAUUGGAGGACAAUGAUCUCGAGAUUAUUAAGGCAAAGACAUUUGAUUCACAUUCUCAGCGUAACGGUACUAGUUUUUAUUCAAACAUAUCGGAUGAACAUGAAUAAUUUAGUGAUGGAAAACGAUAUCAAUGUGAUUCAUCAUAUUCUUCAAGUAGUCUUCAUAGUUCUAGAACUCUUGCAGACGAAACAUUGUUGCUAAAUUAUUAAAAGCGUCUAGGUAAAUAAAAUAGAUAUGAAAAGAUCCUGAAAUCCUAUCUGAGUAGGCCAGAUUUGUAUUCCUCAUAGGGAAUUAAUCGACAGAAGAAUGGCUUGCCAAUUUCAACGAGAAAUGCUUGAGAGUGAAUAGCUUUUUCAAGGAGUCCCUUUUCAAUUCCUUAGUAGAAACUGCUUUUAAUGGAGAGGAUUAGAAGUUGAAAAGAAAAUUGGUUCUCACCUUAGAUUAUUUUACAAAUCUGAUCACAUUCACUUUCUUCCUUCUUUGGAAAUGGAUUCAAAAUGAAAAUCAACAGGACAUGUCAUAAUUUGUUUCAAAUUCCAAUUCCAUUACUGAAUUCAUUGUCUUGAUGAUAACUCUAAGAAUUAAUGAAUUCAGGAUGGAAUGGCAACUCAUAACUAUGAUAGAGUAAAUUGUGUAACCAUUCCCCGAAAAGAACAUUUUAAAAGAAUGUUCAGAAACCUAGAGAUCCUACUUAUCAGUAAGCCUAUUCCAACCUAAAAUCGCUUCGAUUCGCGUCAAAUCCAAUUCAGUAUUGCCUUGGACGACUGAUGAAGUGGCUUUUGUGCUGAGUUUUAUGAGUUAAUCCUUUUAUGCAGGAUUAUAAAUAAAAAAUGUGAUUGUUAAGGGUGGAUUAAAUAACGUAUAAAUUAAAUUUCUAAUUUUAGUACUUUAGGAGAAUCAAUACAAUUUCAUAAUUUAUCAUAUAUUCAGUAGUACGAAGUCCAAAUAAACACGAUCGUUAAGAUGCAUUAAGAUAUUGGAUAGAACUAGCAGAGAAAUUACAGAAGAAUUAUGAUUUGGAAGGAUUAUUCAUAGUGUACAAAUACGGCAUUCAACUACUAUUAAAGGAUUACAUAGGAACCAUGCCUAUCCUGUUCCGAGAUCAAAACAGAAUACCUCGUAUUAAUGCUUUUUAUGAGGAACACAUAAAAUCUAAUUUUAAUGAUAUUCAAAAAAAUGAACAGCAAUUUUACAUCCCUUCAUUUCAUAAAUUCAUUACUCAAAUUAAGCGUUUAGAACAGCAAGUGAAAAUGAAUAAGACAUUGUUUGAUCAAAUAUCGGAUCUCUUAUUGUAAUUAGUUUCAAUUUCUAAGAGACAGCACAAACUUCAUCAAGAGACGAGUGCAAAAGUAAUUAUAUCACAUUAUAUUUCUCCUUAGAUUUCUGAUCAUGAGGAAUAGAUAAUUUAGUAUUUUAUAAAAGGAAUAGAAAAAGAGUUAGAAAUUAAUCUCUAAAUUCCUUUAGAUAAAGAAACCUUGGUGUACAUAGAAUUGAUUAAAUUGGCAAAAAUUACUAAUUGA